GCAUGCACAGUAAGGCAGCAGGACGGAUCUAGACUGGCAAAGAAGUGGUGAGGGAAAUGGGGAAAGGGUUAGGGAGGGAUGGCGAGGACUUGGAGCUAUAGCCAUAGUGAGACCUUGAGUGCCUCUGGGUUGGUCCUUCCUCUCCAUCUACUCCUUGUGUCUCAGCUGAAGGGCAAACUUCAGGGACAUACUCAUUUUGUUUCCACCACUGUUCAGGGUGUCCCACCUUGCGACCCUCUCCUGAGCGGGUGUCCACAACUCUGUCCCACCCCCAUCUCCACCUUCUUCCGCCAGAUCUGGGGCAGGGGGAUUAGAGAGGGGAAAGAGGAGCGUCGUGGUUGACAGGGCAGGGAGGGAUGCGUGUCCAGGUGAGGAAGAGGUAUGACGUGAAGGUGGGAUGCCCAACGCUAUGACGCAGCCGAGACCCGCGGUGACUGCGUCAGUGUCACCCGGGGAGGUGAGCGGCAGCGGGACGGGGGAACGGCGGGGUAGCCAAGCAACGCCGGACGCGCUGACGUCGCCGGGGCGGCAAAACGUCCGCCCGGGCCCGAGGCGGGCGGAGGCAGCUGCGGUUACGUGCAGGGGGCCGGUGACGCAGUCGCGGGGCGCUGGGACGCGGCGUGCGGAGCCGGCCGGCGGGGGCAGGCCCCAGGCCCGGGCGCGGCGGCGGGACAGCACCUACCUUCCCGGCUUCGGGUCCGGGAGUGCGGGGCGCGGAGCCGCCGGAGCGCUGCCUCCCUCCUUCCUCCUCCCCUCGCCCCCGCCCGCGGCGCGACACACAAUACUCGCCGGAAGCGGAAGCCGCACCGAGGCUCGUGUCAGCGGCACCCAGGGUGUCGGCGGGCGGUCGCGGCCGGGUCUAGAGGUGCCUGCGGAAGAAGAAGAAAGAGGCCUGGCGAUGAGAACCAGCGGGAGGCGUCAAGGGCGAGAAGGGACCCGGAGGGGCAGGUGGCCGAGAUGCCGGCGUCCAGGUGACCCGAGGAAGCCUCUGCAGAAGCAGGCCCGCGCAUGCGCGCGCUCGGGCGCUGAAGCCCAUUGCCCGCAGGGCGCUGGUGGACGCCCCGGCCGGCGAGCCUGCCUCGUCCCGGCUCCAGGCCCCGACGCCGGCCAGGCGCCGCCGCUCCCGGUGCAGCCGGGAGUCGCUGAGGAGGGCGGGGCGGGGGCGGCUUGUGGACUUCCACACUUUUCCUGUCUUCGGGCCAGUCCGGUGAGAGGGUGGCUAGCUGCGGCGGCGGCCAAUUACGUGGCGGACCUGCGGGGCUCAGCUGGCACGUCACUUCCGACUAGGGGAGCUUUGGCCUUUUAACAUUCAGGGAUUAGCUCUUUCGCACUGGGUCCGACCGCAGCACGUGCGCUGGAUAAACGCUGGUUAACCGGGUGAGAGCCAAGAGCUCCCUCUUUGCCCAGCACCAGCAGGGUAAUAGCUGGUGCCGAAGACAGUGGCUGCUUGGCAAGCCUGGAUCUCCAAGUGACUGCAAGAGACCCCGUCAGCAAUUCCUAAUGAACAGACAAGACAGCAAAAGGACAGACUCCCUGUGGAACCUAGCAUCGUUCUCCUUCCGCAGCACUAACAUUUGCGCUCCAUAAGAUCUUUGCAAACCACACACAAGAAUUGCUGGUCAUCCUGCCAACAGAAAAAGACGUUGCUCACAGAACCAAAUUUCCUGUGCUGGAUUGUCACUCACGGGCUUGUAGGAGACUGGAGUAGGAGAUUGGAGACCCAAGGUGGUCAGAAUCCAGUUGGGCCUGACGUCUUCCUGUUGAAAGGGCUCCUCGUGGAAUGGAGAUCACAUGGCUCCCAUGGUGGAUCUCAUAGAGGCACAGCAAGUGAUGCAGCCAUGCCAGGGGCCAUGGCCACAGAAGAUGCUCCCAGGGUUCCCUGUGUACUCCAGACAGACACUGCAGGCCACCUCUCCCAGCAGGUUCCCAGUCAGGGGCCCCAUUGUCAUGACUUCUGUCUAAGGUGUGCUCAGAAAUCUCUUCGUAAACACCUGUGACUUUGACAGGUGGAGGGUGUGGUCAGGAAUGGGAAAAGGUUUCAAGAUGGGAAGAGGGAGGGGUUCAGAAUGAAGAGGGAUAAUCUGUGCCACAGAUGCUGGCCCUGUAUCUUACCUGGAAUUCUGUCUCCUGCAACAUGAAGGGUUUAGCGUGGGAGGAGGUGGUGAGAACUCUAGGAGAGAAUAAAGACGGAGAGAAUAGUUUACCCGUGCUGAAGUUAAACCUUUACCUAAAGAAGCAAAAAACACACUGUUCUAUUUUGUGCCUCCUUUCCUAGAGUUUUAGCCAAAGGUUUGGCUAAGUAGUUGCUAUUGACCUUGUGUUAAGCGUGUACUUGGGGACAGUUUUGCCAGGGCACUCACUGCUAUCUUGAGUCUGUGUGACUCACUCCCUAUCCUCCUUCUCACCUCUUUCAGGCAGGGUGGGGAAUAGCAGCAGGAGGAGAUUUUGGGAGCCUGGCAAUUCCUGCAAGCACCGCAGGACAGCCCCUCUGGGGAUGCGUGGUGCCCCAUCUGCCACCCUCUGAAGAAUGCACUGCCUUCAUUUUCCUUUACUGUGUUAAGAGUCCUUCCAGACUGGUCUAUCCAAAUAAUAGUUUCUUUUUCCCACAGGCAAUCAGGAAAUGAUUCCUUUCCCGACUAGUUCUGUCUAGUGCCUGGGAAUGUUGAGUCAGUCUCUCAAUAAGUCAUUGACUAAGGAAAUCUUUCCCGCACUGAGCCUCCCAGUUCAGGUUGCUUAGGGAACCUGAUAUUUUCAUGGAAUCCAUCUACACAUGGGCACCCAACAGCAGAGUUAAUGGUGAUGACCAAAGUGAGCAAACAAGUAUAGUUGUGCCAGCUUCCUGGUUGCCCAUGCAGACAAGUCAGCAGGAUCAAGACAUGAGGAAGAGUAAAUGUGAGAUAGUCAUGUGACUUCUGUGAUCGUAUUCCAGAUUUUUUAACCCAGAAAUUUUGCUGAGACCCUGAACUUUCUUUGUGGCAUACACUGGCACUGUCUGUCCCAUCAUACAGCUAUCUCGCGUUAAAGCUGUUUUUCUAGAGCACUGAUGAGUAAGGUCGGUAUAUUUAAGUUGUUCAUAUCAACAAAAACCCCUUUUCCUAUAAGUCUUAUGUUUAGUGUUUAAGGAACUAAAACUUUUUGUGAAAUAGUUGACACUUCACAGAUAAUGAUUUAUUGCUUGGAUUCAUACAUUUUCCAAAAUUUGUCUUAUUAUAUAGAAUAUGGUUUGCAACCAGCAGAACGGUUAAUUUACACUGUGAUAAGCACUAUGUGUAACUGUUUAAAAGCUUCUGCUUAAUGAUGUAAAAUGCUCGAUUUAAUUACACAUUUAGCUAAACUGUAUACUAACAUCUGAUGGCAUUUUUCCAAUGUUUGUUGCUUUUUUCAAAUACUUUAUUGUACAAAACUGUUCUUAAUAUUUUUCAAGUUUUUCUCUUUGAAUUUUGCUAAUGUUUUCUUUGAAUCAUGAGCACUGACAGAAUGCGCUUAGCGCUUUCAGCUAUUUAUACAGCGUUUGAGCGCGAUUUGCAUCUAGUAUUUACAUUGCUAGCAAUAAGCCAUCUGUGAGUUUUGUCAAAA